AUGGGCAGAACGCGAGGCAAACGAAGCCCGUCCGCUGAAGCCAGUAACAAGAGAGACAGCUGGGUGGCGUGUACAAGCUGCGAUGUGUGGAUCGACAUCGAGGACACGCCGUUUGAGUCUGUAGAGGAGGCAAGCGCGACAGCGCACUAUGACUGCAAGCAGUGCGUCCGGCUGAACAUCUUGCGAGAGGAGUUCACGCAGUUGCUGCGGCGGCAUAAAGAGGAGUGUGCGCUGCAGCUAGAGAAUACAGAGACAAGGCUGAGCGACGCCCUCUCUCAGCUGGGCCGGGAGACUCGCAUGCGAGAAGAACUCCAGGCGCGGGUUUCUCAGCUGCAGACACAGCUUGAUGACCUGAAGAGCGCGACGGAAGGGUCCCAGACCGAAAAGCUUGAAGGGUCGCAUCAUGCUGCAACAGACAGUGCGACGUCGCGUUUGCCCCAGAAGGAAGACAAGAAACGUCGCGCACGUGACAAGGAGCCUAACCAGGCAGCUCCGGGAAGCUGCCCAGGGUCACUGGAACCGAGAGGGGAAGAGUGCAGCCAAGUGGAUGACGAAUGUGCGUUGGAGGUCCAGGAGUGGAGGCCCACCUUGAGAAACAAAAAGCGUAAUGACCUGGGCAAGAGCUCGAGCGAAAUGAGAUCCUCCAACAAAGAGGAGCUCAAACAACAGGAGCGCUUCAGAGAGCCACUGAACAAAAGUCGGUGUGCUUUCAUAUAUGGAGACAGGAAUGCCUUCAGAAUGAGGCACACCACACUACGCACUGUGAAGUGGAACAAACUUGUGCAGUACCGCACAUGGAAGGAUGCCACCCUCCAGAAGGUGAUGACUGAAAUGGAUGCUGCGGUGGACAUUUGGAGCGCACCAGAGGCAGUUGUGGUCAUACAUUGUGGAAGCAGCGAUAUCGUGGACAAUGAUGCCUCCCCAGAUAUUCCAAUACAAGAGCUGAAGUCCAGGAUGCAGACGUGGCAGGCGAGAGCCAAUAAACAUCGCUUCAUUGUGUACGGUGUUCCUGAACCGGAACAUUGUAAUGACAUAAUGCAGAGAAAAUGCAAGCUGUGGAACGAGAAGCUCAGGAAAGUCUGCGACGAACUGGGCCAACAGGUGGAGUUUGUAAGCACCACGCGAGCACCGACAGGUGGGGUACACAGCUUGCUCUACAAAGCCAGCGCUGCUGAGGAGCUGGGCACACGCCUGGGACACAGGCUUUGUGUUUUUUUAGGACUCCAGCCGGUUGGACCUACAGUACGACGGAAACGGACAAGCGGGUACUCGCACCCCUUGGCACCGCUUAUGACAGCCCUCGGACAGGCGAUGCUACAGAUGGCAGGGAAACAGGACCAGGGGAAGCGCAGAAAGCCCCCUCGUCCUUCCAGUCAGGAGUAAAGCAUGUACACCGUCG